CACGUAGUACUCAAAUAGCGGUCGCUCGCUACAGAACACAAGUUUAAUUGCUAUCAGCACAGUUGAUUGAACGAAAGACCCCACCGAACAAAGCAAAACGAUGCGCAGCCUGAAUCGCUUUCGUUUGAUAACCUUCGAUGUGACCAAUACGCUGCUGCAAUUUCGCACCAGCCCCGGCAAACAAUAUGGCGAAAUCGGUGCAUUGUUUGGUGCGCGCUGCGAUAACAAUGACCUGGCCAAGAAUUACAAAGCCAAUUGGUAUAAAAUGAAUCGUGAUUAUCCUAACUUUGGUGUGAACACAUCGCCGCGACUUGAGUGGCAGCAGUGGUGGCGUCAGCUGAUAGCAGGCACCUUUGCAGAGAGCGGCGCAGCCAUACCCGAUGAGAAAUUAGAUAAUUUCGUUAACCAUUUGCUGGAGCUGUACAAGACGACGAUCUGCUGGCAGCCAUGCAACGGCAGCGUGGAUCUGCUUCAGCAGCUUCGCAAGCACAGUCUAACGGACAAUAAACUCAAAGUCGGGGUCAUUGCCAAUUUCGAUCCGCGACUGGAUGCGCUGCUGCGCAACACAAAGCUCGAUCGAUACUUGGACUUUGCGCUCAAUUCGUAUACGGCGAAGGCGGAGAAGCCACAGUUGGCCAUCUUUCAGCGCGCCAUGGAGGAAUCAAGGCUCUCGAAUCUAAAGCCAGCCGAGUGUCUGCACAUUGGGGAUGGGCCGACGACAGACUAUCUGGGCGCCAAGGAAGCGGGCUGGCAUGCGGCACUGGUGCACGAGAAGAGUUACUCUUAUUUGUCCAAGAAAUACGGCACGGACAUCAAGCGCAAUCACGUCUUUCCCAGCCUCUAUGACUUCCACAAGAAGCUAUCGGAUGACGCGGUCGUCUGGUAGAGAACAACAAUAAAAAAUUGUGCGCUUAAAAAACA